GAAGUAUUUAUUUCAGUGCGAGAUUUCAUUGGAAGAGAAAGCGCAGGUUUUACUCUUAAAGACUCUUUAAAACCGCAAAGCAAAGUCUCGCAUAUUUCCGAUAAUGUCUGAGUUUAACAGAGGCCCUAACUAUGGACUGUCUGCCGAAAUUAAAUCUAAGAUUGCGCAGAAGUAUGACCUUCAAAAAGAAGAGAACCUCAGAAUCUGGAUUGAAGACAUCACUGGGGCUUCUAUUGGACCAAACUUCCAGAAAGGCCUGAAAAAUGGAGUCAUUCUGUGCGAACUUAUCAACCGUCUGCAACCAGGAUCUGUAAAAAAGAUCAACAAAUCAGCACUGAACUGGCAUCAGUUGGAGAACCUGACUAACUUCACUGCAGCCAUCAAAGCAUACGGUCUGAAGCCACAUGAUAUCUUUGAAGCCAACGAUCUGUUUGAGAAUGGGAACAUGACACAGGUCCAGACCACACUGCUGGCUCUAGCUGGCAUGGCUAAGACUAAAGGCUGCCAUUCACGGGUGGACUUGGGUGUAAAAUACGCAGACAAGGCGCCAAGGGAGUUUGAUCAGGAGACACUGAAUGCUGGACAGACCGUCAUUGGCCUGCAGAUGGGGACCAACAAGUGUGCCAGUCAAAGUGGUAUGUCUGCAUAUGGCACAAGGAGGCACUUGUUUAAUCCCAAAGCUCAGAUCGACGCCCCCAUGGACAACUCUACCAUCGGUCUGCAGAUGGGCACCAACAAAGGGGCGAGCCAGUCGGGGAUGGCAGCUCCGGGCACGAGGCGUGCCAUUUACGACCAAAAACUGGGCACAGACAAAUGCGACAACAGCACCAUGUCCCUGCAGAUGGGCUCCAACCAAGGAGCCAACCAGAGUGGUCAGAUCUUCGGCCUGUCGCGGCAAAUCUAUGACCCCAAUUAUUGUCCCACUGCUGUGAGAGACGCAGGUGACCACAACGGAGCAGGUGGCUCCUUAGACCACAUGCCAGAUUACCAAGAUGAGGGUUACCAAGGCUACCAGGAAGAAGGGCAGAUGUACCAUGAUGACGGGACAGGCUACUGAGAUGGGAGGAUAAAGUGGCUGCAGGAAAAGCUCAAAGCAGGCUUUUUAUUUUCAUAUGCAGAGGAUGUUGCACCGUUUGUUUGGUGAGGUCCUUUUUAGAAUGUUUUCUUAUUCCACUUUAUGCAAAACUGUUACACAUAUCAUGAACUUUUAUUUCUGACUUUGAUAUUAAAGUAUUGACAAAAGCUUAGAUUUUAACUUGCCACUGUUGUGCCAAAGCCCUGUGCAUUUGUCAAUUUAAGGAUUCUGUUGGCCAUGUUUCACAUGCAACAUGGUUGUUUUUUUUUCCUGUGAGGCUGCACACUUAAUGAUUGCAUCAUUCCUUCACACGUGGUGACUUUUGGUUUAAGGCAGAUAUGGGAAUAAACUGGUUUCACCUUAACUAUAUUUUGUUCCUUACAGUGUUUUGUUGAGUGCAGAUUUGCAUAACCAGUCCAGGUGCAGUUGGUUUUUGUUAAAUUUAAAUGGUGUGGGUUAGAAGUGAUGGUUUAUUGCAUUCCAAAUAAAAAUACUGGAUGAUCUGUCAGUGAAUGCUGACUAACAGGUGAACUAAUCAUGUGAUUAUUUAAGAUUAUCAUCAAGAUGGGGCUGUUUUAUACUUUCACCCUGAGUAAUAUUUAGUAUGAGACAACUAUUUUCUUAGAUUCAUCUUGAUGCCAAUGGAGGGAUGAAAUGUAUCUGUGAAUAAUGUGUAAUAAAGUUGUGCAUUUGUUA